ACCUUUUCUCUUCCGUAUUAUCACUGGUCUUCGCACUUUAUUCUAGAUGAACUUCACAUUAUUUAUAAUCCUCAGAGUGAUGAUUGUGUUGUGGAAAUAACUACCGCUAGCAAAUUCGAAUAUUAUCUUGCUGGAUCUAACACUAGAAUACCUCUGAUUUCCCGGCAACGUUAAACGAUGAAACCCGGUGUCUGGAGCAUUUUAGUAGAGGGUAAUACAAUCCGCACCAGUAUUAACAUUUUGUUACUCAAACGGCAUUUCAACAUCUCUAUCUGCGAUGCGAACAGUAUGUUAAUGAAACGAGAAGCUGUCGACUAUGUCAGACGUGACAGGGCAACCAAGCGACUUAAGAAUGAGGGUUUGGGAACAUAUGUCGUCAGUCAUACCGCAAGUGUGCUUCCAAUGCAAAUCGGGGCUACUACCUAUACUUGCACUAUUACUCGGAAGAUCGUCGAUAAGGCCAUUGCUACAAUAACGGAUCUUCAAGAUGGACACACAGUCGUUGUCAAAUCUCAAACUGAGGAAGAAGCAUAUCACUUACAAAGAAAGCAUGAAAUUUUCGACUCUGAAAGGGCACAUGUUUUUUUUUGUGAGCUUUUGACAAUGCCCGGAAAAUUAGUAGCUGCGAAAGUCCUCCGCAAUAAUACCUCGACUGUUUCUACAAAUGCAUUACUGUGGAAGUAAGAAAAGACAUUAUUAGAGAGGUUGAACUAUCCAAACAUUGUGAAACUUAUAGAUUAUGAUGGUCGUCUACAUGCGCUAUACCAAGAGUAUCUCCCCCUAUCACUUGGUGAUAAGAAAUAAAUUCAACCGCCGUUUGAUGCAAAUAGCACCAAGAGAAUUCUUCAGGAUAUGGCCUCCG